UUUGUUUUCAUAGGUGGAAUUUGGUAGUCAAGUGACCAUCGUGACAUGUCAUUUCCCUGCAAGACACUGAUUGGUCUGAACCACUGUCUUUAAUGAAUAACAUACAUGUUCAAUAUGAAGUCGUUCUUCGUUUUAGCCAUUCUGAUCUCAAUGGUGGCAGGUAUCGUGGCUAUCGACUGCUACCAAUGUAACGGUUCCGGUUGUGAAGACCCUUUUGACCCAAGUGGUUCCGGGGUCAUUAAAGGUUGCACUACUCCGGAAUUUUUCUCUCAUUGUCAGAAAAUUGUUUACGGAUCGGAGGUGACUCGAUUCUGCGCUAGUUCCUGCCACGAAGGCUGUUCGGGUGACGUGUGCACCCACUGCUGUACCUCCGAUUUCUGCAACGGAGGGAACGCCUUGACAACCAGUCUAGUAACCAUGGGUGUGGUCGUAUUUGCGGGCUUUAUCCUGGCCAACCAAUAGGAUUGCAGAAUGCGCUUCACGUGACCGGAUCGUUGCGACACAGGAAGCUGUUUUCAGUGUUUAGAUUUCCCCAAAAAGUCUAAAAUUAUAAAAAGUGUCUCUCAAAAUGAAAUAGAAUUAUAUACAUACAUGAUUAAUAAAAUUGGUUAAGGCUCAGCUACGUGAAUUUAAAUCAGUUAUUGUCUUAGAUAUGUGUCAAUCACAAAUAAAUGUCGCUCUUGGAAACAUUUGCAAGUCCAGAUUUUCUGUUUGUUUGUUUGUUUGUUUGUUGUCUGUCUCUUUAGACUCCUAGAAAAGGAGUGAUUAGAUAUGAAUAUGCUUUGACAAAAUUGUGUCGUGAAAUUUCGUGCAAAUUCUAUGCUGUACAGAUUUAGCAGAUCAAGGGCACUUAAUAUAUUCAUCUUUCCCCUUUUUAUAAACUAGAUUAAUCGGCUAAAAUCUCGUUCAAGUUUUCCCCCAAUAUAUAAGGGGGAUGCGGAACGGUUUAGAAAGUGGCUUGGGGAUUCAGCCAAAAGUGGGGGCUGACAAAGCCAAGAACCACAAUCAGGUCGCCGUAAGACAAAGGUUAUAUAGCGAUUAAUCGCUAAAUGAAAUGGCCAAUCAAGAUCAUCGUUGCAUGCGCAUUUUAUUAAGUAUAGCCUGACUGUGAACCAAUCAGAAUUGUCUUUUGAAAUUAGCGAUCAAUCGCUAACCUUUGUUUUACGGGACCUAGAUGGUAAUUAUUGCGUUUUUGUACAAUUCAAAUUCAAAAGUUUAUUGAUAUCAAAUCCUGACAUUGAAGGAUCAUCAUAAAAAAUAAGAAGAAAUUAAAAAAAUAAAUUGUACUGACUUUUUGGAGAUAGUGAGGAAAGGGCUGAAACCCACCC